GAUAGAGCUCAUACCACUCAUAACAGUGAUACGUUAAGAGAAUAUAUUUUAGUUUUGGAGGGAAAGUUGUGGUCAAUAACCGCUCAAAAAGCUAGAUUUUAACUGGGAAAUCAGGAAUGUUUCUUCCGGUUCCCAAGAGUGCGAAAACAAAACGGAAACAGAAUUGGCCUUGCUAGUGCUGCGGUGUCAGACGGAGGGGGACUCGUCCGUCCAGGUCUGGCUCACUCAUCGGCCUGCUGGGAGAUCGGAGCGGCUGCACACCUGUCCGGGGUCAGAGGGGGCCGCCAUCUGAGCGGGGGUGGAGAGACGCCGUCCGACUUGCCCUUCACGGGAGGAAGGGAGGGGGACCCACACAGACGGCGGGAGCCUUCACACGUCAUUGUCCCCACUAGGACUUGGAACGUUUUGUUUUAAUUAAUCCAAUUUAGAUUUCACUUUUUAAUCCCUUAAGUGUUAAUAAACCUAAGCAAAACGGGGAAACCCUUACCACAUUCAUCAUCAUCCUCAUCAUCAUCAUCUUCAUCAUCCAUCAUCAACACCUUAGCCUACAAAAGCCUUAAAACGCCUUAAACUCCUUCUCCGCUUGAGGGAGUACCAGAGAAGGAAAGACCCCCCCCCCCCCCCCCAAUUCCUUCUGCUCUCCCCCCCCCACCACCACCACCUAGCCCACUCCUCCCCCAGCUCCCAGCCCCUCACCCUGGAGAUGAAGCUCCAGGCCGUGAUGGAGAACCUGCACAGGCAGCAGAGAGCCAAGUUACUGAUGGAGCUGGAGCAGCAGAAGCAGCAGCAGACGGCUCAGACCCAAGCGCAGCUCGAGCGCGGAGGGACGGUGGCCGGCGGCCCCGACGAGGAGCGCAUGGGCAGCCCGGCGGCCGAGUCGGAGCACGCUCAGAUGGCAGCGCUGGCGGCCAUGCGCGCGGCCGCGGCCGGCCUGCAGAGGCAGGAGGACAGCCCCAUGUCGGAGCGCAGCAGUGUCGGCGACGAAGAGGACGACGAGGACGACGACGAGGCGGAGGAGCCCUACAAGGACAUGAUGGGUUCGGAGGAGGAAGAGCAGUUAAAGCAGAAGUGGGACGAGGAAGACUUUGAGGGGGAAAUGGAGGAGGACUACGACGACGACCUGGCCGACGAAGGCCUGCCCACAGGGCGCGAGGCCCUCACCCCCGGCAAGGGCAUCCUGCUCCUGCCGCACCGCCAGCUGCACCCCAACUCCCAGCUGCUGAAGCAGCGCAUGGCCCCGGAGCAAGAGCCCCGCGGGGCCGCCCUGCCCGUGCACGCCUCUCAGGGCCCGCAGGCCCCCCAGGACCACGCCGACUGGACCUACGAGGAGCAGUUCCGUCAGCUGUAUGAAUUGGACGGAGACCCCAAACGCAAGGAGUUUUUGGAUGACCUGUUUAGCUUCAUGCAGAAGCGAGGAACACCAGUCAACCGCAUCCCCAUCAUGGCUAAGCAAGUGCUUGACCUGUACAUGCUGUAUCAGCUAGUGACAGAGAAGGGUGGCCUUGUGGAGGUCAUCAACAAGAAGCUGUGGAGGGAGAUUACCAAAGGACUCAACCUGCCUACCUCAAUCACGAGUGCUGCUUUCACCCUCAGGACACAAUACAUGAAGUACCUUUACCCUUAUGAAUGUGAUAAGCGGGGACUGAGCAAUCCCAACGAGCUCCAGGCCGCCAUCGACAGCAACCGGCGAGAGGGCCGGCGGCAGAGCUUCGGCAGCUCCCUCUUCACCUACUCGCCCAACGGCACGCCCACCAUGCUCUCCUCCCCCAAGCUCUCCAUGUCCAGCAUGGGCCUGGGAAUGGGCACCAACGGGGCAACAAUGACGCCCAUCCAGAAAGUCAAGAAAGAGGACGAGGCUGUGCAGCCCCUGUCGGCGGCCGGACGGCUCCCGGGCUCUCUGUCGGGCCACUCGGUGCUGGCGGCCCAGGCGGCGGCAGUGCAGACGGCUGCCGCGCAGGCGGCCAUGGUGGCGCAGGUGGCGGCGCUGGAGCAGCUGCGGGAGAAGCUGGAGGCGGGCGAGCCGCCGGAGAAGAAGAUGGCGCUGCCCGCCGAGGAGCACCAGCGGCUGCUGCAGAGGGCCCUGCAGCACAACCUGCUGGCCAUGACCGCGCAGAUGCCCAUGAACAUCCGCAUCAACAACCAGGAUGGCAGGCAGGACACAGCCCUCAAUCUGACCACCAAUGGCAUGAGCAGCAUCAGCAUGUCCGUGGAGCUUAAUGGAGUUGUCUAUACAGGUGUCCUUUACGCCCAAGGGGCUGGCUUGUCGUCUUCAGGUGCAUCGGCGUCCGCCAGUAACAGCAAAGCAUCUGGCGGGCGUGGUGCCUCCCAGUCCCUCCCCCACACACCUACCUCAUCCACUUCCAGUAACCCGCCGCUUUAAGUCACCUCCCACCGGUCGUGCUCUCUUUUGUUGUUGCUAAAGAAAGCCAAAACACAGACCUCAUUACUACAAAAGCAAUGCCAAAAAAAACAAGCAAAUACAAUGGUUACAAACAAACACCCAGACAACUUGAAAUACACUAUCUCAGGUUUUCUCUUUAUAUUAUCUCUCUCUUGCUCAGAGGCCAAAAAUAGCAUACAAAGAAAGAAAAGAGCCAGUACAUGUAUAUAUAUAUAGAAAUCUAUAUGUAUGCACAUCCUGUGAAUAAUUUAUUUCUUCUCCAUAUCAGGGUGAUCUGAGAUCAAAAGAGAAAGUAACAAUAACCAGGAUGGGCAAUACACUGUUUACACAUUCACACAGCUACUGACAGAAAAUGAAGCUUCUUAAAGGAAACCAUUAUUACUGUUGCUAUAUUAUUAUUAUUAUUAUUAUUAUUAUUAUUAUUAUUAUUAUUAUUACUAUUAUUAUUAGCAUCAUGCAAACAUUGCUAAUUGAUUAUGCUGGUAUUUGAAAAUACAAUCAACUAAGUAACUUUGUGACCUCAUCAAACAGUGCUCUCUCUAGUGUGUUUUGACCAUGGCUAUGUCCUUGUUUGCAUUUGUGUGUGUGUGUGUGUGUGUGUGUGUGUGUGUGCGCGCACACACUCUCUUAUGGAGAUCCCUUAUACAGACAUAUUAGUCUCGGAGCUGUACCCAGCCAGGCCUGUGUCUCCUCAACCUUUUGCAGAGUGUUUUGUUUUGAUGAAUUUUCUUUUCAAUACCUCUGUUUUAAAUCAGACAGGAUAACUUGCAUUUAUUGUUUUUAAUGUCUGAGGAUAACAAGUCCAUCUUUUCUGUCUGGGUUGUCUCCCAUAGGAUAAACAAAGACCAUCCUACCUGGUCUGCACUCUGCAUCAACAUGCAGUUGUUUUCAGAAGCAGAAGUGCUUUUAAAAGACCUCACAUUUUGAGAUCACAAAGGCCUACAACUCCUUAAAUCCCGAUCCUUGCCUUGUAUAAUUCAAACAAAAGAAGCUUUGGGAAAAGAGAUGUUUGCGCUCAGGUACAUUUAUUUUAAAAGGCAUUACUCAACUGUGGGCACUGCCCAUAGAAACAGUUCUCAGGUAAAAUGGCCAGGGAUGCAGGGUUACUUCAUAAACUUCUGGAAGUACAAAAUAUUUGAAACAGGAUGGGAGGGAAUGCCACUGAUUAACCCUGUUAAGAGAUAACAGAACUUGCUAUUUCGUUCUCAUUUACGUUUUUUUUUUUUACCUUUCCUGUCUUUAGGUAUGAAAUAUUUGUACUUAGAUAUAUCCAGAAAUAUUUACAUUUUAACGAAUAUAUCUGUUCAUUUUACCUUAAUAUUUUAGCACUAAUUUUAAGGGUUAAUUAUCGAAAGUUGUCAUAUGGCUGUGUCAUUUUCCUGGAGCUUUUGACGGCGUUAAAGUUAUUUCCUUUUAUUUGCAACUACCAAAUAUUUACAUAUACCAAAUAUAUGCGCAAAGACAAUGACAUUUAAAUGUUUUACCACCCCCCACAACAACAAAAACUAUUAUUCAUAAUUUUAAAUGAACAAAAUGUUUGUCUGAUUUUAUUUUUUGUACAUUUCCACAAUUCAUGUAGCCUGCUCUGUGGCUGGACAGAAAGUCAUAGCUUUCAACCUCCAAAGAUAGAAUGCCUUAAACCUUGUGGUAACCUCUCCUUUGUGCUCAGCAGAGGGCAGGAAUCUAUCGUUGUCAUGUGAACUAAUUUAGCAGCCAGUGAGGAUGUUGCCUUGGAGCAUGCUGGGCAUUCAGACCCUGUUGAAUGUAUCUGUAGUUUCACUCUGAGCAUGGAUUCUGUGCCAGUCAAUCUAUUGCAUUUAAAGACCAUUACCAACCUUUCUGUUGACACAAAAAACGUCACUUCAUGAAUGAGACUUCAGAUCAAAUAUGUGUCAUUUUUUUGUCCAUACAAUCUGACCUUGGUUCUCUAAGCUGCGGUGUAGAAAAUACAUGGCCUAUUUUUGUGAGUGUGUUGAAGAAUUGUAUUGCAUAGACACACAGCUCUUUCACUUUACUGAACAUCAGUAUCAGGAGUGUGGGAAUACCAAGAUCUUGAGUUGGUUAGGUUCCACCUAUAAAUGCCCUCAGAGUUGUGUUUAGAGUAGGCUAUCCCAACAUUAAUCAUGAAGAAGACAAUCAAGUUGUGGAGGGAGCAUUUCAAGUGUACAGACGUCAGAUGUUUUGUUUUCUGGGCAGUAAAGCACCUGUAGAGACAACAGCUGCUGAUUUAUUGGACAACAAUCAUGAAUUAAUGAAAUGGUCAGUGGUUCUGCCAGUGUUAAGAGUUUGAACCAAAAACAGACAAGAUGCUAAAGUAAUAGGCUAUGUGAUGUUAGUGUCCUUGGAACUAAAUAAGUGAACAAACAGACGCUUGCCAUCUGCCACAGUGCAUUUUCAAAACCUUGAAAGCCUUGAAAUUUGAUAUCGCCUAACUUAACACCUAAACUGCAUUAAGACAGGUUUGCGUUCAAAAUGUUCAAAACAUGAGCCAGCUCUUGUGCAGUUGGAAAACUGGUCUCGCUUCACUUAUUCGGUUAUUCAUUCACAAUUAUUGUACCACUGAGCAUGCGGCUCUUAAUCAUAAUAUUCUCAUUACAUUCUCAUCUUAAUCAUAACAUUCUCAUAAUCCCAGAUAUUGCAGAAUGGAUUGAGAUGUCUCAGGGAAGAAUUAUUUUGUGUCAAUCAUUAAUCAGGAUACACAGUACACCUUGCGGCCUUAUUUCUUGAGCUACUGCUUCGAAAAGGAGAACUACUCUACCUCAAGUGUACGAUUUCUCUACACCGCAAAAUGGCAAGCACAUCAUUUAAAAACAUUUAUCAAUAGAGGCCCAUAAUGGUGAUCAUGUAGGCCCAACUGACUGCUGGAAGGAACUGGGCAAUACAUCUGAUUCUAUGCCAGUUAUGCUUUACCACUUUGGCACUGGACAACUAUGAAGUGAAUAGGGCUGCCCCCUGGUGGAAGUUUUUGAUACUGCAGCUGCACAAUGGCAUACAGCUUGCAGUUACUGUUUUGUCUUUCUCCACACCUCUUGACAGUAGUAUGGAUGCAUUUUUAUUUAUUUUUGUCUUUUAUUUUAUUGUGUCUUAUAAACGGAAACUAGAUUACAUAAUCAAAUCUUUGCGUACAGCCUUAAAGCAUGGAAUUGUGUUAGCGUAUGAUUUUAAUACUGCAAGAACAACCAAAACAGUGUAUUAUAAAGAAGACAAUGUGCUAAUUAUAAAUGUAGGAUGCCUUCUGCAAUAGCCAUUUUAAGUAGCAAGAUUCAGUGUCCUAGAUGAGAGGAAAAAAUCAGAUAGGCCUACAGGAACACACAAUUCUUGUUGUAAUAGUAGUAGCAAUUGUAGUAAUAAUGAUAAUAAUAAUAAUAAUAAUGAUGAUGAUAAUUAUAAUAAUAAUAAUAAUGUUUGCUUUCACAUGGGAAUUUGGAGUAUAAAUGAGGCAUUUAUCGUCUUCUCAGGAAAUACAGUUCUACCUCCAGAUAAUGGACAUAUUCAUUCUUGGGCUAUGGUUACAGUUUUGGUGUGUGCAUAAAAGAGAUAUUCUAUAUUUUAUUGGUGUUACAGUUGAUUUCAACAGUAGCGCUUUUGCAUAUGGGUUGAUUUAUUUUUCUUUUCUUUCUUUUCUCUCUCUCUCUUAUUUUGAUGCAUAUACAAUUAUUACUUUUAGAUUUUUUUUCUUUUUUGUAUUUGUCUACAUGUUCCGUGUAUGUUAUGUUUAACAUGAUUCAACAAUAUUUCACCCAGUAAAAGAGUGGAAUGAAAACCAUUAAUAAAAACCAUUAAUGAAAUGCAUGCAGACAUGGCACUCAGUGCCAGUUUAGAUUUUUAAGUAUAACAGCAGAACAUCUGAGAGAAACAUGCUCAUGAGAAUGUUAGAGGGUGUGAUGGAUAGGUGUUUUCAGGGCCGUUUCAAUGACUGCUUUACUUUUAUUUCCUCUCUGAGGGGUGAGGAACGGCUCUUACCUAUUUAAUCAAAGAAUUUAUGUGUGAAUACUUAACUUUAUUUUGAAUAAAAAUAUAUCAAAUAUAUCCAUUUUUCAAACCUGAAGAGCCGUCAGCAGAAGUGUUACUCUCCUCUCCAUCACAUUUUCUUUUUUAAACCUACAUUUUGUUCUUAGAAAUUUCACACAAGUGCGUGGAUGAAUGUGAACCCAUAAUUUAUGAAAAGGAUUAUGUCUUUGUCUCUGUCCCUUUCUCUAGCAUUGAAUGUCAGUAAUGUUUGGAAUAGAGUUUUACUGGGACAUAUGAUUAAAGUCACUCAUGCAACUAUUAAACUUUCAUUUGAAAUGCCUUUUACACAUUUUUUCUCACUAUCUGAAUGGAAAAGGUUGCAAGGUAAACAAUGUAACCUCUUGAUAAAAAAGGGUGUGUCUAUCUGUGUUCAGCUCUCUACUAAUGUACAGAACAUUGUUGCUUGCAAUUAACAGAUGUUCAUGUCAAGGGUUUGUAAUGAAACGUAACAAUACACUGAAAGUUUACAUUUUAUAUCUGUCCCACAAUGUUUUUUCAAACUUCAGAUAGCCUAUUGAUAAUUUAGAGUUUGGGCUGUAAACUUAAAAUGCUUAAGAAAUAAAAUUCAGUUCUGAUAUUAAGAUGAAUGUGUUUGUGGUUGCAUGGAAGAUUCACAUUGCACUAGUCUGGGUGGACCCAAACUUAACUGUUUAGGCCUAAGCAAAUUUGAAAUCACUAUGCAAGUCGGAAAGUAGCCCAUGG